UGUGUUUGAUGACUGCUCGUAAGGACAUCGAGAAGAAGUUAUAAGAAAUGGAGAAGUUCUUGGAUUCUAAUCAUCAGACAGCCCUUCGACUCUGCAGCUUUUCCAGAGACAACAUUUUACGCUCUUCACCCUUCCAUUAACGGACUUUUUCGACAGGACAAAAUGUCUUCAACAUGUAAAGAUGUCACUGCUCCAAACACGAUGUGGAAUUUCUGCCCAUCGGUUGGUCCCGCCUAUCUCUUCGCAAUUCUCUUCGCCUUGACUACCAUCACGCAUCUUGGCCAAGCAAUCUACUACAAGAAAGCAUACUGCUGGGUGAUCAUUCUAUCGGGUCUUGCACAGACACUUUGCUACAUCUUCAGAGUUUUGAGUAUCUUGAAUCCCGAGGUUUUUGGAGACUAUGCGGCUUGGUUCAUCUUGAUUCUGAUUGCACCGCUCUUCACCAAUGCGUUCGUAUAUAUGGUGAUGGGAAGGAUGGUCUGGAACUACAUCUCUUCUGCAAAGAUUUAUCGCAUCACCGCAUGGCGAUUUGGAACUUUUUUCGUGAUACUUGACGUCUGUGCUUUGCUCGUCCAAAUUGUCGGAGCUGCCUCUGCAAGCGGGAACAACGAAGCAAACAACAAGGUGUUAGACGGGCUUCAUAUCUAUAUGGUUGGAGUGGGAAUCCAGCAAGCCUUCAUCCUGCUGUUCUUCGUGUUCGCCAUCAAAUUUCAUCGCACUUAUCUUGCGGAAAGUCGUCAGCAGAAGAAGGGAAACUCUCCUUUGGUUCUACUAUACGUCAUGUAUGCAGCUUUGGCUCUGAUCACUCUGCGUAUCAUCUUCCGACUCUGCGAAUACGCUCAAGGACUGAACAGCAAGAUCCCAAAUCACGAAGCGUUCCAAUACUGUCUCGACUCACUUCCAAUGUUGAUUGCACUGGUACUCUUCAAUAUUGUACACCCCGGACGAGUGAUGGCAGGGAAAGAGAGCAGCAUUCCCGGCAGGAAAGAGAGGAAAUACAAGCACGUUUCCAAUAAGGCAGAGCGAGAAAGUCUCGGGGAGAAUAUGCAGGUUUUGGGAGCAUAGGAAUAUUGUCAGCAUGAACGAGUAAUACCAAUGAUCAAGCUUUGCGAGGCGUCAGACGGGGAAUUAGUUAGGUAUUUUGGUG